CCGCUCGUUGCACGACGGCCUUCCCUACACCACCCCAUAACUCAAUCCCCCACCCCCAGUCUGUUUGAUACAGCUUAACACAUCCACUAUGCGAGGAGAGAUCUGCCACCUCCACAUCGGCCAGGCCGGUACCCAGCUCGGCAACAGUGCCUGGGAACUAUAUCUCCUAGAGCAUGGGCUGAAGGCCGAUGGACGUCCCGACCCGGACGCGAAGGACCUCGCAGAGGGUGGCUCAUUCGAGACCUUCUUCACCGAGACCGGUAGCGGAAAAUACGUCCCGCGCUCCAUCUUCGUUGACUUGGACCCUUCCCCCAUUGAUGAGAUCCGCACCGGAACAUAUCGUCAAUUGUUCCAUCCCGAGCUUCUCAUCAGCGGCAAGGAGGACGCCGCCAACAACUAUGCUCGUGGUCAUUACACCAUUGGCAAGGAGAUGGUUGACAGCGUCAUUGACCGUAUUCGGCGUGUUGCCGAUAAUUGCUCCUCGCUGCAGGGAUUCUUGAUCUUCCAUUCUUUUGGCGGAGGAACCGGAUCUGGUUUCGGUGCUCUGCUUCUCGAGCGUCUCUCGACCGACUACGGCAAGAAGUGCAAGCUUGAGUUUGCCGUGUACCCUGCACCACGUGUUUCCACGUCAGUCGUCGAGCCGUACAACGCCGUUCUUUCCACCCACAGCACCAUUGAGAACUCCGACUGUACCUUCCUUGUCGACAACGAGGCUGUCUAUGACAUCUGCCGCCGUAGCCUGGACAUUCCCCGUCCGAACUAUGAGCACUUGAACCGUCUGAUCGCCCAGGUCGUCAGCUCUAUUACCUCCAGUCUACGAUUCGAUGGCGCGCUCAAUGUCGAUUUGAACGAAUUCCAGACAAACUUGGUCCCCUAUCCGCGCAUUCACUAUCCUCUCAUCAGCUACGCACCGGUCAUCUCGGCCAAGAAGAGCUCGCAUGAAAGCUUCAAGGUUCAUGACCUGACAUUCCAGUGCUUUGAACCCAACAACCAGAUGGUUGUCUGCGAUCCCCGCAACGGAAAAUACAUGGCUGUUGCGCUUUUGUACCGUGGUGACAUUGUUCCCCGUGACUGUACAGCUGCCGCAGCAGCUCUGAAGGCUAAGGCAUCCUUCAACCUGGUGGAAUGGUGCCCUACUGGCUUCAAGCUCGGUAUCAACUACACCAAACCAAUCAGCGUCCCCGGAAGCGAACUAGCCGCGGUCGAUCGAAGUGUCUCUAUGCUUAGCAACACCACUGCCAUUGCCGAGGCCUGGUCUCGCCUGGACCACAAAUUCGAUCUCAUGUAUUCCAAGCGCGCCUUCGUUCAUUGGUACGUUGGUGAGGGCAUGGAAGAGGGUGAAUUCUCCGAGGCUCGUGAGGACUUAGCUGCGCUGGAGAAGGAUUACGAGGAGGUUGCCAGUGACACUCUGGAUGAGGAGGGCGCUGAUGAGGGCGAGUACUAAGCGAUAUACCCUCUGUGCAAAUUUGUUGGGGACUUUGGUUGGCUUUCAUGUCAAAGAGUGUACUACAAAUGGUGCAAUAGCCUCGUAGGCUCACAUAUGAGAUUGGAACUUAAAGAUUGAAUCUUCAUCAAUCAAGUUAUCUCAUUAAGCAUGGAUUUGUUCUCAUACAUUAAUUAGUUCCAUAUUGCAAAGAUGGG